AAAUAUUGGCGGCCCAAGGUGCUGUGUCCUUCAGCUGAAGCUAAGGCCGUUACACCCCGGCGACUAGCACCGCGCCCUGCCCGCCCGCUCAGCCAUGGCCUCCAGCUCCGAGCUCGCCUGCAUCUACGCCGCGCUCAUCCUACACGACGACGAGGUCACCGUCACGGAGGACAAAAUUAAUGCACUUAUUAAAGCAGCUGGAGUAAAUGUUGAACCUUUCUGGCCGGGCCUGUUUGCAAAGGCUCUAGCUAACAUUGACAUUGGAAGCCUGAUCUGUAAUGUAGGAGCUGGUGGUGCUCCAGCUGCUGCUGCUCCUGCAGGGGGUACUGCUCCUGCUGGUGGUGCUGCCCCUGCUAAGGAGAAGAAAGAGGAAGAAAAGAAAGAAGAAUCUGAGGAAUCCGAUGAUGACAUGGGUUUUGGUCUUUUUGACUAAACUGACUUUUUGUACCAU